AUGGUUUACGCGUUUGCGUAUGAGAGAGAGCGCAAGAGAGAAAUAUAUCCAAACCGUGUCACUUGUGUGCAUGAAAUCAUUUUAUCAUUUUUUUUAAAUGUAAAAAAGUAGCAGAGCUUCCUUAUUUUCGACUGGCUUCCGCAAGGUGAAUGCUGCACUUUAUUUUGGCUGUUGUUGUUAGCUAGCUCAGCUAAUCCAGCAAUUAUCACCUGAACUGGAGAUUUAUCUAGACUGAACAAGCAUGGGCCGACUAGAUGAUGCUGCCAAACACAAAGUGGUGGAGCUGCGGAAGGCUGGUCUCAGUUUCCGCAAAAUCAAAGCUGUGCUGGAGCUGGAGAACAUCAAGGUGUCGGCUCAAGCCAUCUACCUGUACCUGAGGGAGUUCCAGGGUAGACCACCAGGGAGGGUUAGACCUCUGGAGGCUGGAGAUAGCACAUUGUCGCAAACAGCUCAAGCGCAAGCUGGGGCAUUGCAGGAGAGGUGGAGCAACAUUCACCUUCAGAACCUGAUGAGGGACGGGCCUCAUCGCACUGAGUAUCCAGCUCCAUCUAACUUCUCCAAACAGGCAUCCACCAAUUCAGAGACCACCUCAAAUUCCUCUGGAUCUGGGGAGGCUAGCGGAAGCAGCAGGCCGGAGCAGCAAUCCGGUGGAAAUAAGGAAGAAAACGACAUUCAGAUUGUUAGUGUCACUUCACUUGCACAGCAUGGCCAACAAAGGGCGACCCAGCCACCUGUAAGGAGACCAGAAACAAGUUCAAACAUGUCUUCCACUUUAAUGGCUUCUGGAGCAUUCCUGAGAAGAAGAGUUACACCGUCCCCAGCCACCAGUUCAAUUUUGGCAGCUCGAAAAAGACUUUUGGACAGAGCAUUGUCACAUAGGACAAAGUCAUUCCACCAGAUGGCGGCGUUGUUAAGGAGAGAUCAGGCUGGUGUUCAAAGUUCAGAUUUAAGCAGUGCUCUACCGCAGCAGCCGGAAACCUAUGACCUGACCACUGAAAAGACUGUUAUGGAGGGGCAGCCUGGGCAUAAUAGUUCCCCUCGGCGCUUUGCUGCACAGAGACCAGGAAUGAGCGUCCGCUCCCUUCAUCCUCCUCCACGUGUCGGGAUUCACCUUCCUAAUCGCCCGCCAGCGCCUUUGACAUCCUCAUCUCCGGGAACCGUUCUUCGUCUGCCGUCCCCCAGGACUCAAGGCAGUAGCGAGGGGAAUUCAAAUCCACCAUUGGCAGUCCAGGACACCAGAGCAAGAGGUAGCUUGCAGGACCAGAUCCAGACCCUUGGCUCUGAGGUUCGCAGCCUGGGCUUGGCAGUGAAGAUGAUGGUGGAGCAGCAGUGCCGCCUGGAAAGGGAGCAGUCACAGCAGACGCAGAUUCAGAAGCAGAUCCUCAGCACUCUCCAAACACUCUCCUCUAAAGCAGGACUCUGUAGCAGAACCCCGCAACGGCUCAACAAAACUCCCUCGCCAUCGUCUUUGCCAGCAACCUCUGCCACUACCUCUUUCGGCCAAGAAACGUACACUUUUAGUCAAGGCACGUUCUCUCAGUGCGGCCAGACUCAGCCGGGCUACAACUCUUUAGAGAGAUUAGAAAGCACAGAGGCCUUUAAGGUUCCAGGAAUGAGCCCACCAAGCAUAAAUGGAUUUCCACCAUGUAGCAACGCAGACAGUCUUCCUCUUACUCACACUUCCUCUCAGUCACAAACUUAUCCAGCUGCGUAUCAACAGCAAAACAGUCAAGCCCUCCUGGCACCCUACACACAGUCAUACGUCUCCUCGUACAACCACACACACACUCAGUCGUUCAGAACGCCAGAGAGUAAAACAGCAGAUUUUUCUGCGAGGACUUUCACAGACUGCAGCGGGUCUACCCAGCAGGUCAUGAACUCUUCUUCACAUAAUCAGCCACUCAGUAGCAUCAAGGUGGAAGGACCUUAGAUAACACAGGUUCAGUUCUCUGACAGAACUUGAACUUGUGUUUCUUUUAAUUUGCUGUAGCAUUGUUGUGUAAGGUACAUUUUUAGGACUACUAAUGUAAAAGUAGCUGUUUUCAUUCAAUUUAUUUUUGAGGUUCAUUAUCAUGCAAUAGGUACAGCAAUAGCUUGACAGAUUUGAAAGUUUUGUUGAACUCCUCUGAUUUAACUUGGCCACAAUUUAAAACAAAUCAUGAAUCUGUAUAUUUUUGUGAUUUUUUUCUUGUAUCAACAGGAAACCCAACGCAAACAGUUAAUUUUCAUAACUUUGACCUGUUUAACAAAUAAAAGUCAGAUUUUGAUCCAGAAA